CCAGAAUCAAGUUCAGUCGCGCCGCAAACGCGUUGCGGAAAUGUUUUGUUGUGAGCAUCGUCGGCAACAGCUGCAGAGGAAACGCAUCACAUUUAAAUCACAUAUCCUGCUCUUACGUAGUUCUGCUACGCGCCGCUAGAAUUACUCGCGUUAACAACAACACUCAAAUCCAGAGGGGAUAACGUUUAACUAAUCGCAGUGAAGACCUCUGUUGUGCUCUCGCCCUCGUUCCACGAUGGCACUGGCGCUAAAGACGCUACUGCUGGCGCUGCUGCUCAGUCAGACGCUUCCGUCGAGCAUUGGCUCCGCGGUACUCAUCUCCGAUAUGACCAUGACCAUGAUGGUGGAGUUGUCGUCGCGUCAUCCCUUCUGCAAAAUGCACACGGAUCGCGGCGACAUUCAACGCAUGCUGCUGCAAUCCGAUCCUCGUCGCAUACGCCAGGUACCGCGCGAGUCCGUCGUCGAACUUGAGGAGGUUUGUCGUCGGCAAGGAUCCUAUGGUCAUGAAUUCCGUGGCGGACUGGGCUUCAUUUAUCCGGGCACCAAGUGGUGCGGUCCCGGCACCUCGGCGGUCAAUUAUGAUGAUCUGGGUCAGCAUGUGCGCGAGGAUCGCUGUUGUCGCGAGCACGACAUGUGUCCCGACGUGCUCAACGUGGGCGACUGUCGGCGUGGCCUCUGUAAUCGCGGCACCUUCACACGAUCCCAUUGCGAUUGUGAUGCACGCUUCCGACGCUGCUUGCAGGCGGCCAACACGGAGACGGCCAAUACGCUGGGCGCGAUCUUUUACAAUGUGGUGCAGGUGACGUGCUUCCAGGAGCGCAGUCCAUGCUCGGCCCACCAGAGGUUCGAGGAUUACUUUUAUGCGACCAACCAUUGCCCAGCCGAAUAUCGGCAGGCCGAUCUCUAUGUGCCACCGCAUGCCGACAAUCUUAUUUCCAAGAUCCUCUCGCACCCCCAAGGUCGUUCGCUGCUUCCCGAGCCCGUCGUCGCUCCCUCGCUCAAGCACAACGCACGUCGCUUUGGCGUCAAACUGGCCAGCGUCGGUCUGGCGGCAGUCAACAUUCUGCGCGAGGUUGUCCACCGUCCGCGCCUGAUCUGGGACAGUCUGCAUGCGCCUGUCAGACGUGAACUGCCGCCAGGUCAGCCUGGUCCUGGCUCUGCUCCUAGCUCCAGGGGAGGGUAUUAUUACCAGCGACCCGGGCCACGGUACAGCUACGACUACGACUAUGGUUGGAGCUGAGUCGAGAGUGUUAAGGAAAGACUGUGUCCCAUUUAGUAUUAGUAGUUAUGUAGAACACAAAGCCAAGCACAAGCACAUAUGUCACGCCUCACUUAGUCAUCUUUAGUCAUUAGAUAUGUUCCCAAAGCAUGUGCAUGUUUUUAUCAUAAGACUUUGUUUUUUUUGUUCAAUAAAUUA